UGAAAAUUUUCCUCAAUUAUACGAGGUGCUUUUAUAUAAGAAAAAAGAUAUAACAGCUAUUCAGAAAAAACUUGGUAUUAACAAUAAUAUAAAUCAAACAGCAGUGUCAGAGAGUAAGAAAGUGAAAGAACUUGCCGAUUCAUAUGAAUUGCUGUUAGAAUUGGUGAGGAAUUUAAUACCUAUACAGAUAAAACUUGGUAUAGAUAUCAAUCCCAUUUUAGAAGCAGAACUUAGAAGGAAUAAAGCCUCUUCAGAUAAACUAAUUAGAUUAUUUGAUUUGCUUUUAUGCUUAGAAGACGAUAUAAUGACAAUUCAGGAAGAACUUGAAUUUCAUGGUCCCUUAGAAGAUGUUCCAAGUGUGUUAAUACAGAAAUUCAUCAAUAGUAGAGUAAAGAAAUUUUGGUUUACUGGUGAGGGUCUACCAUUAUUUCCGAAUGUCUCUCUUCAGCAAUUGCAUGAGAUUUUUGUCAAAAAAUUGGCUAGCAACAAUCAGUGCCCAUGUCUAGAAUCAAAACUGGAGGCUAAAAGAAAAUACAAAGAUAGAAAAAAACUAAUUUUUAAUGAUACAGCAUCUGAGUCCUCAUCUGGGUCUGAAUCAUCUAGCCACGAAGUGACUGCCUCUGGCAAUGAUGAUAAAGAUUUUACU